AUGGUGUUUGCGCUAAACGACCAGGAGCUACAGACGCUCCUCGAGAUGCUCAAGUCCCUUUUACUAGGCGGUAACCUCCUCCUGUUUGUCACGGCAGCGCUGGUGUUCGUCGCUCCUCUCAAGCGCCAACCGGACGCAUCUCCAGUCCAAACGAAACGGGCGCUAGUCGUCACUGCCCAUCCAGACGACGAGAGCAUGUUCUUCCUCCCUCUCGUGCACUCGCUCCAGGACGGAACCAGCAGCGGGAAAGACAUGUGGGAGACCCAUUUGCUGUGUCUCUCUCGGGGGGAUUUCGAUGGGUUGGGGACGGUCCGGGAGCAGGAACUUCGCGCUUGUGCCGUGCACAUUGGACUGGUGCCGGAUCACGUCCACGUUCUGGACGAGCCCGAGCUUCAAGAUGGCAUAGAGAACCGCUGGGAUGUGUCCCGCAUUGCGGCGAUUGUGCUGCAAUACGUGGACCAGAAGAGCAUCGACGCGGUCUUUACGUUCGAUGGUCACGGCGUGUCGGGUCAUCCGAACCACAUUGCGACCCACCUCGGUGUCCAACGAGCUCUUCGUGAACGACAGGAGACGUGCAGAGCUGCUGCGGCAACAACAAAUGCCAGUGAGGAGAAGGUCGUUCGAGGCUGGGCUUUGGAGAGCACGAAUCUCGUGCGCAAGUAUAUUGGGAUACUGGAUACGGUGCUGUCAUUGUGGUUGUCCCGCCAGAGAGAAGAGACGCAAGAGGAGCGGCAGGUCGUGGUUGUCUGCCGGCCAUGGUGGAACUACAAGGCCAUGGCACUGCACCGGAGUCAGUUCGUGUGGUACCGCCGUCUCUUCGUAGUCUUCUCGCGCUACACGUUCGUCAACACCUUCCGUCCCCUGCUGGAGGUUGAUGCUCCUGAUCUUCCCGUAGAGUACAAGAAGACGCGGUAA